AUUGUGGUGGUGGUGGCCUCCCUAUAUUAACCGGAUAGGUCCCGCUGCCGUGUCCCGCUUUCGAGGGUUUGUUGCUCUUUGCGGUAGGCGCGGCGGAGGAGCCUCCCGUCGGCGAUGGUCAUAGAGGUUGGAAUAACAGCUCCAGCAAGGCUCUCGCUUGGGAUGGCAUUUCUGGCGAGGCUGGCUGAAGCCAACAUUAAGUCUAGGUUAGGAACCUUGCUGCUAAACAACUUUGAAAUUGACUGACAAACCUAGGAUCCUGGACAUCAUUUUGGGGGGGAAAGGGAGGUGGAUUGGUGGUAUGGAGGUUUACGAGGAAUGUAUGAGAAGACGGGUCUUUACGUAGGUACCCUCCUCCAUACAUUUCUUUGCUACUACGAGUCCAUUGAUAAUAAAAACAACUAAGGGACCACGAGUGCUAAUGACAACGUAAUCUUUGUUUAGGCUCCUGCGAGAAAUGUACCCUCUGUACUUCUGAAUCCGCGUUGCUUGUUUCUGACAUAGGUGCUCAAGUUUGGGUAUCUGACGCAGCUCCUCUCAGAUUCUAACUACCUUCCCCUCGCCCUUAGGCUACUCAACCAACAGGACUUCAUUCAAACUGUAACCACCAAGAUGGACUACAAGGGUAUGUCCUUUCUCAACUUCCACAAAUCUCCACUCCUCCUACUCCAAGCCAAAGUCCAAGCGGCCAAGCAACCCGAAUAA